AUGAUAAAUAGAGUAAAGACAUGUAUGGAAUAUUUAUACAUCGAAUUCCUGGUUCGUCUAUUGAAUCGCUGCCAGAAGUAUGUAGAUACUGUAAAUGCUGUGACCUCAACGUACGGCUUUGUGAAUUACGCACUUGAGUUAUUGGUUACGAAAACCUAUGGUGAGGAGAUAUGGGAGAAAAUAAAGAAAAAGGCAGAAGUAGCUAUGGAGGGAUCAUUCUUAGUUCGCCAGAUUUAUGAAGAUGAGAUAACAUAUAACCUGAUCACUGCUGCUGUUGAGAUCCUCGAGAAACCCGCCGAUGCAAUUCUCGAGUUAUUCGGGAUGACAUUCUUCGAAUUCUGUCAGGAUUCUGGCUAUGAUAAGAUCCUGCAAGUCCUCGGCGCAACGCCCCGAGAUUUUUUGCAAAACUUGGAUGGUCUUCACGAUCACUUGGGCACUUUAUAUCCUGGUAUGCGUGCGCCUUCAUUCCGUUGCACCGAGAGACCUGAAGACGGCGCCCUUGUCCUUCAUUAUUACUCAGAUAGACCUGGAUUGGAGCACAUCGUGAUCGGGAUUGUUAAGACCGUCACUAGUAAACUUCAUAAAACAGAGGUGAAAGUGGAAAUUUUGAAGACGAAAGAAGAAUGUGAUCAUGUGCAGUUCCUUAUCACUGAAACAUCCAACACUGGUCGGGUUUCAAUCCCCGAGAUCGCUGAAAUUGAAACUCUAUCGUUGGACCCCAAAGUCAGUCCAGCAACAUUUUGUCGCGUAUUUCCAUUUCAUUUGAUGUUUGAUCGUGAUCUGAACAUCGUACAAGCUGGACGUACUGUAUCCCGUCUUUUGCCGCGGGUGACUCGUCCCGGGUGCAAAAUAACAGAUGUUCUCGAAACAGUUCGCCCACAUUUGGAAAUGACCUUUGCGAAUGUGUUGGCGCACAUCAAUACUGUCUAUGUUCUUAAAACUAAGUCAGAAGAGAUGACAGUGAACGAUCCUCAUGAGGAAAUCGCUUCUUUGCGUUUGAAGGGCCAAAUGCUAUAUAUUCCCGAAACGGAUGUGGUAGUAUUCCAAUGUUAUCCCAGCGUCACUAAUCUUGAUGACUUAACUCGUCGUGGUCUUUGUAUCUCUGACAUUCCUCUGCAUGACGCUACAAGAGAUUUAGUUCUCAUGUCGGAGCAAUUUGAAGCAGAUUAUAAACUGACCCAGAACCUUGAAGUGUUGACGGACAAAUUACAGCAGACAUUCCGGGAACUGGAGACAGAAAAACAGAAGACAGAUCGUCUUCUGUAUUCUGUACUGCCAAUAAGCGUAGCAACGGAAUUGCGCCAUCGCCGCCCUGUACCAGCUCGUCGAUAUGACCCCGUAACUCUUCUCUUCAGCGGUAUUGUAGGUUUCGCUAAUUAUUGCGCGAGGAACAUUGAUCACAAAGGAGCUAUGAAAAUUGUUAAAAUGCUGAAUGAUCUGUACACGGCAUUUGACGUCCUCACUGAUCCAAAAAGGAAUCCUAAUGUGUAUAAGGUAGAAACUGUUGGUGAUAAAUACAUGGCAGUUUCGGGGCUCCCGGAGUAUAAAGUUGCCCAUGCAAAACAUAUUUCGUUGCUCGCCCUCGAGAUGAUGGAUCUUUCAAGAACUGUAACUGUUGAUGGAGAACCAGUGGGAAUAACUAUUGGUAUACAUUCCGGAGAGGUUGUUACUGGUGUAAUAGGACAUCGUAUGCCGCGCUAUUGUCUGUUUGGAAACACAGUGAACCUAACUAGUCGCUGUGAGACAACUGGUGUGCCUGGAACGAUUAACGUCAGUGAAGACACAUACAGCUACUUAAUGGGUCCAGAUAACUAUGAUGAGCAAUUUGAAUUGACUUACCGUGGUCAUGUCUCAAUGAAGGGGAAAGCAGAACCCAUGCAAACCUGGUUCCUAACAAGAAAAUCAGCCUAA